AUGGAUUUCGUAAAAUUUGGUAUUUUUCUUUUGUUUGUAACAAGUAAAAUAAAAGGUGAAGAUUAUGAAGAAGUGGAUUACGACAGAGAUAAUCUAAGCGCUUCUGUUGAUUCUGAAAGUAAUGAAGUGUUCAACAGUAGUUCUUUAUCUAAACCAGAGAGGAUUCCUAAAAAGUAUAUCGUCGAUAAUAAUCAUCAAAAAACUCUAGCUUUAAAACAAGUGUCUCUACCAUCUAAAAGCCAAAUGGCAAGAAAGACCAGUUAUCCAUUUUCCGUGUCUAUUCAGAAGAAAAACUCCCACUACGCGUCUGGUGCUCUAUUAGAUACAAAAUGGAUUAUAACAGCUGCUGGGGACUUUUAUAAUGUUCGAGAGUCGAUAAAACUUCUACGCGCUCGCCUCGGUACUGUGAACUACAAAAAAGGGGGUAUCCUCGUCGCUUUAAAAGGGAUUGAAGUUCAUCCACUUUACAUGUAUCAAGAACCAAACUACGAUGUUGCUUUAUUGAGGAUGUCUCAGCCGGUGCUCUUCAGCGAUCAUAUCAAACCGAUACCAAUAGCGUCAACUGUUGGAGAGAUUGUCAGCGGAAAGUUCUUUACCACGUAUUGGCCACGGCUUCUUGUGAACGGCCGUGUUCUACCAGCAUCUGCUAAAGAAAGAGUGAAACACAAUAGUAUGCGCGUGUCUACACAGAAGCUGAUUCCUUGGCGAAAAUGCAACAAAGAGUUAAAAUUACACAACCAGACAUUAGGACAAUCUUCACUUUGUCUAGAACCAAUUGUGACAUUACACAGCCCUUGCAUGCCGGAUGUUGGAGCCCCUGUAAUAGCUGACAACCUUCUAUGGGGCAUUACAUCUGGUUGGGUAUCAGAUCAGUGCACGGAACAGCCAAGUCCAACUCUAUUCACUAGAAUUUCAGACGAGAAUGUCAAAUUUUGGCUCAACUCCGUACGGGAUGUGUAA